AUGAUUAAAAAACCCAGAAGACAGACAAUAACGAGGAACUUGAGAUCCAGGCGGAUAAAAAUUAUACCUACCUCUAGUUCAUUCAAACCGAAAAUCAACAAACGUCGUCGUCGGAAAAUUAACCAAAGAGAAAGGUCGCCUGUUGAGAGCGAGGCUUCCUCAGAUAGUGCCCACGAUGAAACCCAGCAUGAUGAUCUUGUUCACAAGGUCAAGAAUUACGAGUCAACAAUUGCUGCUUUGAAAGGGAUGGUAGAUAAAGCAAAGCAGGAAAAGUUAGCUAUAUCACAGAGGAAGAUCAAGAUGGAAGAAGCCAUUUCGAAUCGAACGCGGGGUAAAACUCUAUUGACAAGCAGUGCAGAUCUGCAUGUGGAUGACAGAAGAGAAAGUAGACCAGAGGACCGCCCGUUAACAGACAAUGAAGACGAAGGUAUUUAUGAAAUUGAAGAGGCGGAUUUCCGGGAAUAUGAUAACGACAGUAGCGUGGACAUUCGAAAUGAGGAAGGAGGAAACACGGGACUCUUUACUCCACCACAUUCAACCUCUCAUCAUCCCUCGCGCGCAAGACAUCGAUAUCAGCCCUAUACUCUUUCCAAUAGAUUAGGCAUGAUAGAGCAGAACUUGCAGAGAGUGAGCUGGAAGACUCACGAAAGUACUGAUCGAAUAUCGCGGUUAGAAAACAAGUAUCAGAAAUUGGCCACCAAACUCAACUCCCAGGAAACAGAGAGUUUAAAGGAAGAAAGACAGGAACGAAGGGAGAGAAAUAAAGAUAACAAAGCUCGAGAAGAAAACGGUGUCAAGGCAUUGGUGGUUCUGGCUGCCUUUGGUUUUGGGGCCGGUAUUGCAACCAUGAACAUCGGGCGGGCGCUGGCAACUGGAUUUAGUAUUUGA